CAUUAUUAUGUAAUAAGAUUCCCAAGGACCUAAACCACGCUUACUCCACCACUCACCGGAUAACUUCCGUCGUCUUCCGCCGCAACUUCUAUCUCCAUGGCCGGCGCAAACCUAAAUCUCCGUCACGCGUACUCUAUCGCUCAAUUCGUUCCCACCGUUUCUUCUCCUUCUCCUCCUUAUCACCGAGUUCAGCUCAGAAUCUCACCCUCUCGUGUUCUCUUUUCUAAUCUCCGAGCUAAUUCUCCAACCUCACGAACCACCACUCGCCGUUCAAAUACUGUUGCUUCGUCUUCCGUAUCUUCCGCCGUCGAUUCUGAUUCGUUGGUGGGAGAUGGCGGUGAAGUGAGGAAGAUCCCUUUGCUAGAGGUAAAGGAUCUGAGAGCUGUGAUUGUUGAAUCGAGGCAGGAGAUACUCAAAGGCGUCAACUUGGUUGUCUACGAAGGAGAGGUUCACGCAGUGAUGGGGAAGAAUGGUUCAGGGAAGAGCACAUUCUCUAAGGUUCUUGUUGGUCAUCCGGAUUAUGAAGUGACGGGAGGGAGUAUUGUAUUCAAAGGGCAGAAUCUGGUUGAUAUGGAGCCAGAGGAGAGAUCUCUUGCUGGUCUCUUCAUGAGUUUCCAGUCACCAGUUGAGAUCCCUGGUGUUAGCAACAUGGAUUUCUUGAAUAUGGCUUUCAAUGCUCGGAAACGGAAGCUCGGUCAGCCAGAGCUUGAUCCAAUCCAGUUCUACAGCCACUUAGUGUCAAAGCUUGAAGUUGUGAAUAUGAAGACCGAUUUUCUGAAUAGGAAUGUCAAUGAAGGGUUUAGUGGUGGCGAAAGGAAACGCAAUGAGAUUCUACAAUUAGCGGUCCUUGGAGCGGAGUUGGCUAUACUGGACGAGAUAGAUUCAGGGCUGGAUGUUGAUGCUCUUCAAGAUGUGGCAAAGGCGGUGAACGGGCUAUUGACACCAAAAAACUCUGUUCUGAUGAUAACCCACUAUCAACGCCUACUUGACUACAUCAAACCAACUUUCAUACACAUCAUGGAGAAUGGAAAAAUCAUUAAAACCGGAGACAACACCUUGGCAAAAUUACUGGAAAAGGAAGGAUACAAGGCCAUAUCCGGUUAGUUAUCUCAGAUCAUAGUAAACCGCUCUUCCUUCUGCUAAGAGACCAGAGUGUUGCUUUUGUCUCAAAGACAUUGGAAUUUGAAGAUGGUGUCUGGAAAGUUAAUUUUUUUUGGGUUCAUUGGUUUUUUUUGUCUGGUCUUGUUUAUGAACAGUGCUUCCAUACUUUUCUGUAACUAACAAUAAAUUCGGUUAAAUAACCCAUUAUGUUGUAGUGGGGUACUACAAAAUACAACGUGAUCGCUGGUGAUUUAAAACGCAAACGCGAUUUUUCAAACUCA